CUUUCAGAUAUUCAGAGAUACGUAAAUGUCUCAAAUUGAUUAUUAAUUCAAAAGAAGGAUGUUUAAUAUUUGUAAAUGUUAUUUUGCAUGUUAUGUCAGCUGUGUUGAACACAGGAUGUCCUGCCCACCCAACCACUCCCCCAUCCCCUCCCUCCAGACUAUAGAAGAGACCAGCAAACAGUCUUAUUCAAAGCAGCUACACAUUAGGAUUAAACACACAUACAAGCGUACAGUAUAGGCAAAUGGUUACUGUAUAUAGAUUUGUAUAGAGAUUAUUUGCUAACACACAAAUGCAGAGAACAGCUGUCAACAUGUUGCUACCGGCUUUUGUUCUGUUCCUUACGUGGGGUUUUGCGUCCUGUCUUCAGUACCGGGCUGAUUUCAACAUGAUGGGAGUCACUGGUUGGGUCCUGAUUAACUCCACAGAUCAGAAGGCCACCAUCAACCUUACAGGAACGGACACAUGUCAAUUGUAUAACAUAUCUCUCACCACGUUUCCGGUUAUGUAUGGCCAUUUUGCAUCGCCCUGUCAAAAAUCACACAUAGGAGAAAACGUAUUCACGUUUUCCAUAAAUACGUCUCAGACUUUGGUAAAUGUAUCUGAUCUAUUUGCUAAGCGCUCACGUCUUGAUGCACUCUCAGUGCUGGUGGAGACUUGCAAUGGCAUUAGAGUUUGUGCUGGACUUGCGUCUGAGUCUCAGGUCAAAACACGGCAGGCGCGAUUCUUCAGUCCGUUGGCUGGAAACGUCUACAUCCGUCAAGCGACUGGAGAUCCAGGAGCCACUGUUCUUUCAGAUUUACGAAAUGUUAAGCAGGCCAGUACUUUACAAAAUGUGAGUAUCAUCUUCUCGCAAAGCUCUGCAACGGACUGCACUGCGCUUCUGGGCAGUCUAGGACAUACAAGCCUUGCAAAGUUGGGUGUUUUAAAUGUUGGGUCACCUUUAGAACCAGUAAAGUCUCGCUUGGAUAUCCCCACCCUCAGUUCUGAAGUCCGUUUUGCUCUCCUAAACUUAGGUUCAAGUUAUGUAUGUGCACAAAUCUAUACUGUUCCAAUAAAAGAAGUCAGAGCCAUCCUAAACAUGAGAGGGAUUAAAGGGUACUACAACUUUUAUCAAGCAUCUCCUUUUGAUCUCACCACCAUUACGGUUAACCUGUCAAACUUGAACAAAAGAGUCGGGCCAUAUCACGUUCAUCAGUUUCCUGUACCCGAAAUUACCUCUCCCCCUGAGCUCAGCUGUAGUAAUAACAAUGUUGGUGGUCACUGGAACCCAUUUAAUGUGAACGUUCAAGCCCCUGCGUAUCCGCCUCCUAAAGGUUCCACUCACGAUCUCUAUGAGGUUGGAGAUCUGAGUGCAAAGCAUGGAUCUCUGGAGAAUACAACUAGCUUUCAGGACACUUUCAAAGACUGGAACUUACCUCUGUUUGGACAAAACAGCAUCGUGGGACGUUCCCUUGUGAUACACCAGCCCAAUGGAAUUAGAUUUGCAUGCGCAAGUAUAGGCUACCCCGGUGAAGUGACUGUCGCUAAGGCAAUCUUUAAGAGUCCGGUGGUGGGGACUGUCCUGUUUACUCAGCUCAUCAGUGACCCGAACUCAGAUGUUUCUGUGUUCAUGGACUUAACCCAUGGACAGCUUUCUACACCAGCCUCACAAAACCAUAACUGGCAUGUCCACACCUAUCCCAUCAGCACAGAGACUGACAUGGACCAAAGUCGUUGCUUGUCCACCGGUGGACACUGGAACCCAUUUGGCAUAGACUCCACUUUGAGUGGUUAUGCCAUUAAUUGUGGUCCAGACAGCGUUUUUGCCUGUGAAGUUGGAGAUAUUUCUGGCAAGCACAAGACUUUGGAUUUACAGCCACAGGUUGGUGUGGUGGCCAGCAAGAGCUUUUUUACGGACACAACCUCUUGGGUUUCUGGAAUGAUUGGUCGCUCUUUAGUGGUGCAUGGUUCUAACCGUACAACUCCAAGGAUUGCUUGUGCAAACAUCACCUUGUUUCGUUUUCCCUCUGCUCACACUGAAUCUUGGUUUGGGCCCGGAUCUUCUGACGGUCACAUCCAGUUCUCACAAGUCUUUCCUCAAGGACCAACAAUCCUCAACAUCUCCUUUACCGGCCUCAAUUCCAGCGCUUCUGGCUACCACAUCCAUACUCUCCCUAUCAAGAGCGGUGUGGAACCGUGCUCUGACCUCAACAUCAUGGGUCACUUAAACCCAUUUUUCGUGAACAGUACCUCAUCUCCUGCAUCAGGAAAUGGCACAGUUGACCAGUAUGAAAUUGGUGACAUAAGUGGGAAGUUUGGGACAUUGACAGGUCAAAAUGACUUCCAGAACCUGUACGUGGACAGUAACAUGCCGCUUUCGGGACCUUACAGCAUCAUUGGAAGAUCACUGGUCAUACAUUACAGUAACAGCUCAAGUUCAAGGUGUGCAAAUAUCACAGCAGAGACUUCAACUGAUGGAAACUUGGUGACCGCAGAAGCUAAAUUCAAUGACACAGUAACCGGGAGUGUAAAAAUGUCUCAACAGAGUUUUUCAGAUGGCAGCUACGGCGAUGUCCUUAUAGAGGUGGAUUUACAAACAUCACAAUCGUUAAAUGUUACAGAGGCUUUAUGGUACAUUGCCGAACGGCAGGUGGGAUCAGAUGGGCAUGCGUGUGCUGGAAAUGUAGAAAUGUAUAAUCCAUUCAACAUGACAACAGAGAACGGCAGCUGUUCUCAGGUCAGUCCUCUGGUUUGUGCAGUUGGAGAUCUGACAGGUAGACAUGGGUCUAUUAGUCUUAUUAAGAGACAGCUGUACAGUGAUGUUCAUUUGCAGCUGACUGGAGACUUCACAGUCGUCCAGAGGUCAUUGGUUUUAAGACUCAAGAACAACACCACCAAAUGUGCAGAUAUUCUCCCAGAAUCCCCCUCUGCCGAACAGAUCUUUCCAAAAGUGUCAAGCUUCAGCAGGUAUGAUUUCCGUAAGAGAGUGGCGGAUGUGUUAAACCUCAACAUGUCUAGAGUCUCCAUCUUACCAGGAUCUCCUUCCAUAAAUCCCGAUGGGAAAUGCCAGGAGGUCAGCUUUCUGGUGUCAGGUAAGGUGAGCCAGGAACAGCUAAACUCUGUUAAGUCCAAUAAGAGGAUGGGUUUGUUCAGAGAAUCAAAGGCGUGCACUUCAGGUGUAAACACAGAAAUGAUGCCGGUCCCAUGUAGGAUAUUACUGAUCGUCAUGACAACCGUAGCCUGCCUGCUCAGGUCACUGAUCCAGCAUUAGACGACCCCCAAAAAUGUCAAACAACUGCCUUUUUAUAAAUUCUGAUGCAGGGGCUUGGAUGCCAGACUUUUUCAAAGACAUCACGUUGUGAAUAUUACAAUUGAUCCUGGGAAGAAACUCAUUUUUUUGUACCAGCCUAAACUGAGUUUCAUGCAUCUGUCUGGAUGUCAAAACCACAAUAUACUUGUUUCCAAUCCACUUUCUUUUAUUCGUGUGUUGUGAUUAUAUGAUAAGGUUUCUCAAGUGUGGAUUGUGCUGCUUUUUUUUAUAAGAGAUUACUGGUACGUCAUUGUAAAUCCCACAAAAGGCUGACUUAAGACUGUGUUACACUCCUUUACUUCCCUGUAAAUCUCUGGUUUCUGUUCAUUGUACAUUUUGUAUGAUGCAAAUAAUCCUUAUCAUAACACAGAACUUGUUUUCAUACGGUGGGUUUUCAGUUUCUUACGUGGGAUUGUGAAAUAAAGCCCAAAAUCUCAGACUGGCUUAUGCAAUUGAACAGUCAAUGACAUGACAUGCAUAUUUUUGUGUUCGGGAGCAUUACAUAAUUUAAAAAUAACUUGAAACAUAUAUGACUUG